CCCACACGCGUGCACAUUUCUCCUCGCACAACAAACUCAAUCUUCAGAUGAGGGUGGGUUGAACUCCUAUCGCAAGCUCAAUGAGGCCUUCCCAAUCCAUAAGCCAUGACUCUCGAGUAUGCCAGCUCAUCCUCGCGGGGUACACAACCCUUACCACUGUCGUCGUGGCCCGGGGCUACGGCAAGCACACGGCCGCCAUCGUCGAGCAAGGAGGCAUGGAUCGACUGGAACAAGUGCUGCUGCUCAAUUACAUCAACUUCGCGCUGGGAAUCAUGUCAUUUUCCAUUCCCAAACUGGCCAUUGCUGCACUGUUGAACCGAAUCCUGAACCCCGGGCGCUUCCACCAGGUCUUCAUGUGGGCGUUGACAGGGACGGUGUUCGUGACAUCGAGUAUCUGCAUCAUUGUGCUGUUCACCAUGUGCGACCCGCCGCAGGCUUUAUGGAAGACACAGCUGUUAAGCCACGGUGCAACGUGCCGGCCGCAAGUCGUGCUGGUGGACUAUGCGAUAUUCACUGGAGAUGCAACCGCCGACCUCGUCAUCUGGACCAGCAUCGAAUCGAACGUGAUUAUCAUGGCCUCGUGCAUCCCGACCCUCGGCCCACUCUACGAGAUGGUCCGCGGCCGGCGCUCGUGGAGUUCCUACCAGCGGUACUACAAGGGCCACGCGAUCGAGCUCGCCACUUCGCGCAACCGCCGGUUCAGAAAGCCGAUGAACUACAUGCUCACGCACGAUGAGCUGCUGACGACCAACAUCGGGACUCUGGAAAAUGGCAGUGAGGACAACAUUCUACCAAAUGGACAGGUACAAAACAGAGAUUGCGCAAUGGGACAGAUCCACCGGACGGAUAAAGUGGUGGUCGAGUAUGAAAAGGCGUGUCCAAAGACACAGAAAAAGAAGCCAGCAGUAUAG